AAAAUGUCUUCUGAAGAAUCGACAAAGACAUUUACCAGAGAAGAAGUUGCUAAGCACAACAAUGGUCAGGCGCUAUGGUUGAUAAUACAUAACAAGGUGUAUGACGUGUCGAAAUUUAUGGAGGAACAUCCAGGUGGAGAGGAAGUAUUGCUAGAAAUGGCUGGCAAAGAAGCUACAGAAGCUUUCGAAGACGUAGGCCACUCUACCGACGCUCGAAGCAUGAUGCAGAAUUAUUAUAUUGGAGAUAUUGUCCAGUCAGAAGUGAAUGAGAUGGACUACAAGGUUCACUUUUUCCCACCAAAUGCUCAAGAAACGAAUAAAGGAGGAUCGAAUUUUAGCACAAUUGUUAUCGUGUUAAUAGUUGCUGUGGUAGCUUAUACACUUCUAUCCAGAUCAUCAUGAUCCGUUGAGUUACAAUGUAUUAUUAAAACCGCAACUUUAGAUUUUAGGUAUCAUUGCUCGAUAGCGAUGGAUCGGUGGUGUGCUUUUAAUGAUAAACUAAUACAACUUACUGUAUUGUACUAGGACAAAGUUUGACUUGACGUUUUUUUCUACAAAUGUAGAGUUCAUUUAUACAACUAAAAGUAUAGGUAAUUGAAAUUAUUAUACGUAUCCUAUCGAGAAUUUCUUCGAAUUUCCGAUUAAUAUAAUACGACACUAAUAAUAAAAACAAUUAUUUAAUUUUAGAUGACUUCCGUGCAAUAUUAUAUAAUACUUUGCUCCUAACCAAUCGCAUAUAUCUAGCUAUUUAAUGAUCAAUUCCAAGAUUAGGCCUUUCGCAUUAUG